GAAACAAAUAAACUUUCAGAGUGGCUCCGGGAUAAAAAAUCCUAGAUUCCGGCCAAACGGGCGGUCGCUCGCGUGUGAAUUCCUAGACCAUCGGUGUGGCAUCCACGUGUUAUUGCCAUGUGAUCCAAAAAAUGAAUGGCGUGGAGCAACCCAAACCCCUCUCUCUCUCUCGUCUUUGUUACUCUUUCUCUCUCUCUUUCUCUCACUUUAAAGUUUAAACUUACUAUUGCUUGUAUCUCUAUUCUGUCAUUUUCCCUCAUAUCUCUCUGUAACCUCUGAAACACAAGAAAUGCUACGCUCCAGGCGCUCGCCCUAUCAAUUCCAAACCCUAAUUUCAUCCACUCAAUCCACAGCCAUCCACCAUGGCCGAAGACCUCCAUGCCUACUCAAAAUGACCUGGAAUUUCAAGCAAGGAGCUCUUGCUUUCGUAAUUAGACCCUCGUUUCGGAGGAUGCUAUCGACUAGGGCUUCUGUUGACGAGAAGGAAGAGGUCUCUUCUGAUGAAUCUCGGGUUUCACCUUCAGAUGGAAAUGGAAGCGUUAAAGGGGACGAUUAUCCAACGGGUGAGUUCGAGUUUGAGAAGUUCGACGGCUGGAAAAGCUUCACGGUUAAGCUUAGAAUGCUGAUCGCUUGGCCAUGGGAAAGGGUGAAAAAGGGCAGCGUCUUGCACAUGAAGAUUCGUGGCCCGAUCUUUGAUCAGUUGCAAGGAAGCUUCUCUUCCAAGUUAUCUCUCCCUCAAAUAUGUGAAAAUUUUAUAAAAGCAGCUUAUGAUCCUCGUAUUGCUGGUAUAUAUCUUCAAAUUGAGCCCCUCAAUUGUGGAUGGGGGAAAGUUGAAGAAAUUCGAAGACAUAUUGUCAAUUUUAAGAAAUCAGGAAAAUUUAUCAUCGGAUAUGUCCCUAUUUGUAGAGAGAAGGAGUAUUACCUUGCUUGUGCAUGUGGGGAACUUUAUAUUCCUCCGAGUGCUUAUAUAGGUUUAUAUGGUUUGCAGGUUCAGGCAGCAUUUCUUGGUGGAGUCCUUGAGAAAGUGGGAAUUGAGCCACAAAUACAACGUAUUGGAAAAUAUAAAAGUGCCGGUGAUCAACUCACACGCAAGAGCAUGUCAAAAGAAAACUGUGAAAUGCUCACUGCAUUACUUGAUAACAUUUAUGGAAACUGGUUAGACACAAUUUCAUCUACCCAAGGUAAGAAGCAUGAGGACAUCGCAAAACUGCUCGAUGAAGGAAUUUAUCGGGUAGAAAGGCUGAAGGAUGAAGGUUGGAUUACAAACAUCAGUUAUGAUGAUGAGGUGGUUUCAAAGCUAAAAGAGAGAUUGGGCCAAAAUAAAGAGAAAAAUCUUCUCACAGUUGAUUACAGGAAAUACUCGAGAGUCAGAAAAUGGACCCUAGGAUUGACAGGGGGAAAAGACCAAAUUGCUAUAAUAAGAGCUUCUGGAAGCAUUAGCCGUAUUCGUGGCCGAUUCAGUCUUCCUGGGAGCGGUGUCAUUGGUGAGCAGUUCAUUGAGAAGAUCCGUAAUUUACGAGAGUCAAAGAAAUAUAAGGCUGUGAUCUUAAGAAUUGACAGCCCAGGAGGUGAUGCUCUUGCUUCAGAUUUAAUGUGGAGGGAGAUCAGGCUUCUGGCUGAAUCUAAACCUGUGAUUGCUUCCAUGGCUGAUGUAGCUGCCAGUGGAGGUUAUUACAUGGCAAUGGCAGCAGGAGUGAUAGUUGCAGAAAGUCUUACAUUGACGGGUUCAAUCGGAGUUGUUACAGGAAAGUUCAGCUUAAAGAAUUUGUAUGAAAGGAUUGGUUUCAACAAGGAGACAAUUUCAAGAGGCAAAUAUGCCGAGCUUGAUGAUGAACAGCGGCCAUUCAGGCCAGAUGAGGAAGAACUGUUUGCCAAGCUUGCACGGAAUGCGUACAAGCAAUUUAGAGACAAAGCAGCUUUCUCAAGAUCAAUGACUGUGGAUCAGAUGGAAGCGGUAGCACAAGGCAGGGUGUGGACAGGCAAGGAUGCUGCCUCUCGGGGGUUGGUGGAUGCAAUUGGAGGUCUAUCCCGAGCAGUUGCCAUUGCAAAACAGAAGGCCAACAUACCACAAGAUAGCAAGGUCACAUUAGUUGAGGUAACAAAGAACCAACCUUCUUUUGCGGAGGUCGUGGGGGGACUAGGUUCUUCUCUUCUAGGGUUGGAUGGAGCAAUGAGAGACAUAUGGCAUGAAUUUUCAUCUUUCGAAGGCAUUAAAGCCCGAAUGGAUGGCAUCAUUCUUGAGGGGAUUGAGUGCUCUCCUUUUGAGGAUUCCAUUUUAGCCUUGCUUAAAGAUUAUUUGAGCUCUUUCUGAUCCGGGUUUCUUUUGAUCCUCGCAAAAUGGUGAUUUGAUUGUAAUUGGGAUUUUGUGAGGCCUUGCAUGCGAUACUUGAUCAUCAAUUGUAUACGAUCAAGUUUUUGUGUUAUUAAUAGUUGCCAUGAUAACCCGUGUAUAUAAAAUACAGCAAUUGUGUAUGAAAUUUACAAAGUUUGUCAUUUAUGGCCUUUUAA